AUGUCGCUUCGUCGAACCUUCCAACGAUUUGUGCAGAAGAAGAAGCCGUCCGCAGGGGCAUAUCCGCUCAUGAAGCCCGUGGGACCGGACGGGGCCCUGCCUCACUACACCAAGGAAGAGCUUACCGCGGUUACCAGCAACUGGACGCAGAAAAUCGGGGAAGGGGGUUUCGGGACUGUUUAUAAAGGUGGGGGAUCUGGUGGUGGGGGGGAUGGGGGAGAGGGGGGAGAGGGAGGGGAGGUGCUGGUGCCGGUUGCUGUGAAGAUGUGCACGAGUGGGAUCAAGGACAGCGGCAGGGAGCAGCUCAUGACGGAGGUGAUGGUGAUGACGGCAGUGCAACAUCCGUACAUCCUCAGGCUACUGGGAGUGGCCACUCUGGGAGAGACGCUGGCCAUGGUGUCUGAGUUUGUGCCACACGGGGACGUUGACCUGCUGCUGGAGAGAGUGCGCAACAGGACGGACUCGUUUGACUGGACGGCCAGGAUGGUGCUGGCGGAGCAGGUGGGGGAGGCACUGGUGUUCAUUCACAGCAAGGGGUACAUUCACCGCGACUUCAAGGCCGCUAAUGUGCUAUUGGGAGAGGGUAUGGUGCCCAAGGUGGCGGACUUUGGAAUGGCACGGCUGAUAGAUGACUGGAAGACACAUGUCACGACGCGAGUGGGCGGCUCUCAGGGCUACAUCGACCCCAACUACUUGUCCACUGGGUUUCUCACCAACCAUUGUGACACGUAUGCGUUCGGCAUUUUCCUUCUAGAGCUCAUAUCAGGGGAAUGUGCAGAAGAGGACGGCUUUAAGCCGAUAAGAGUGGCAGCAGAGGAGCGCUUAAUACCGCUAGAGAAGCUCAAGAGGGUGGUGAUGGACAAGACCAUUGACGGGCAAUGGUCUGAGGAGCAUGUGCGGUCAGUGCUAAAACUUUUCCGGUUGGCGGUGUGCACCGAUUGGGCGAACCGGCCGAAAAUGGAGCAAUUGGUUGGUAAGCUGAAGAAAGCGAGGGAAACUGCAGCCGGAUCUAAAGAUAUGCAACAUUAG